UGGAGGGGUUGAAGUGGAUCCGGGAAUCAGAAUGGUGCAGAUUGUUUUCGUAGUAGAAACUUGAACGUUUGCUCACUCUGCGGCGUUUGGAGUAUUUGAAUGGGAACGACUCUCAUUACAGUGUUUCUGCCACCUUUGUACAAAAGACAAUUUUACUUGUGUCACAGAUGGGCUCUGCUUUGUCUCUGUCACAGAGACCACAGACAAAGUUAUACACAAUAGUAUGUGUAUAGCUGAAAUCGACCUAAUUCCUCGAGACAGGCCAUUUGUGUGUGCACCGUCCUCAAAAACUGGGUCUCCUACUACAACGUUUUGCUGCAAUCAGGACCAUUGCAAUAAAAUAAAACUCCCAACUGUUGGCCCUUUUUCAGGAAAGCCAUCGUCUGGCCUUGGUCCCGUUGAACUGGCAGCUGUCAUUGCUGGACCAGUCUGCUUUGUCUGCAUCUCACUCAUGUUGAUGGUCUAUAUCUGCCAUAACCGCACCGUCAUUCACCAUCGAGUGCCGAAUGAAGAGGAUCCUUCAUUAGAUCGCCCUUUUAUUUCAGAGGGUACUACGUUAAAAGACUUAAUUUAUGAUAUGACAACAUCAGGUUCUGGAUCAGGUUUACCAUUGCUUGUUCAGAGAACAAUCGCAAGAACUAUUGUGUUACAAGAAAGUAUUGGCAAAGGUCGAUUUGGAGAAGUUUGGCGAGGGAAGUGGAGAGGAGAAGAAGUUGCUGUUAAAAUAUUCUCCUCUCGAGAAGAACGUUCAUGGUUCCGUGAGGCAGAGAUUUAUCAAACUGUAAUGUUACGUCAUGAAAACAUCUUGGGAUUUAUAGCAGCAGACAAUAAAGACAACGGUACAUGGACUCAGCUCUGGUUGGUGUCAGAUUAUCAUGAGCAUGGAUCCCUUUUUGAUUAUUUGAACAGAUACACAGUUACUGUGGAAGGGAUGAUAAAACUUGCUCUGUCCACGGCAAGUGGACUUGCCCAUCUUCACAUGGAGAUUGUUGGUACCCAAGGAAAACCAGCCAUUGCUCAUAGAGAUUUGAAAUCAAAGAAUAUCUUGGUAAAGAAGAAUGGAACUUGCUGUAUUGCAGACUUGGGACUGGCAGUAAGACAUGACUCGGCUACAGAUACUAUUGAUAUUGCUCCAAACCACAGAGUGGGAACAAAAAGGUACAUGGCCCCUGAAGUUCUAGAUGAUUCCAUAAAUAUGAAGCACUUUGAAUCCUUCAAGCGUGCCGACAUCUAUGCAAUGGGCUUAGUAUUCUGGGAAAUAGCUCGACGAUGUUCCAUUGGUGGAAUUCAUGAAGAUUACCAGCUGCCUUAUUAUGAUCUUGUACCUUCUGAUCCAUCAGUUGAAGAAAUGAGAAAAGUUGUUUGUGAACAGAAGUUAAGGCCAAAUAUUCCAAACAGAUGGCAGAGCUGUGAAGCCCUGAGAGUAAUGGCAAAAAUCAUGAGAGAAUGUUGGUAUGCCAAUGGAGCAGCUAGGCUUACAGCUUUACGGAUUAAGAAAACAUUGUCACAACUCAGUCAACAGGAAGGCAUCAAAAUGUAAUUCUGCGGCUUUGCCUGGACUCUAUUUUUCUUCAGAGCUGCUCCUGGGUUUUAAUUUGGGAGGUCAGUUGUUCUACCUCACUGAGAGGGAACAGAAGGAUAUUGCUUCCUUUUGCAACAGUGUAAUAAGGUCAAUUAAAAACUACCCAGGAUUUCUUUGGACCCAGGAAACAGCCAUGUGGGUCCUUUCUGUGCACUAUGAACGCUUCUUUCCCAGGACAGUUACAAAAUGUUGUGCAGUCUACCUUUAUUUUUUAUUAACACAAAACUUGUUUUUUUAAAAGGUGAUUGCUGGUCUUAACUUUAGGUAACUCUGCUGUGCUGAAGAUCACCUGUAAGAGUAAAGGAACUAGAUUGCUGAGUUAUACAAAAACAUUUCUUAUUUUUAAAGAAAGUGAUUUCUUUCUCCUGGCUAGUACAUUCUCAGAGGAUUCUGAACCACUAAAGAGUUUCCUUGAUUCAGACUUUGAAUGUACUGUUCUAUAAUUUUCAGGAUCUUAAAACUAACGCUUAUAAAACUCUUAUCUUGAGUCUAAAAAUGACCUCAUAUAGUAGUGAGGAACAUAAUUUAUGCAAUUGUAUUUUGUAUACUAUUAUUGUUCUUUCACAUAUUUGGAACAUUACAUGCCUUCAAAAUGGGAUUGUACUAUACCAGUAAGUGCCACUUCUGUGUCUUUCUAAUGGAAAUGAGUAGAAUUGCUUGAAGUCUGUAUAUGUUAAAACCUGAAGUGUUUUAAUUGAAAAAGUUUAUUUAUCUAAGUAAUUCAGACAUUUUCUGUUUUGUUUUUUGGAAGAGUAUUUGUGGUAUGUCAUUCGAUAUUCCAUUUUGAAAAUGCCUUUCUCCUACCAAAAUGUGCUUAAACCACUAAAGAAAUGAUGUGUCAUUAAUUGGUAAAUUGUUAUCAUGGUCUGUUUGAAUAUUCUCACACCCAGCUUUUGCAUUUUAAUCAUGUUGUCUAAAUAUACUUACGAAAAAUCACGUGGCACUCUAGAUGCUUAUAGUACGUAAAUAAGUUAAAAUUCGUAGCAUACGGACUAAUUUUUCUGAAAGGGAAAAUUUGUCUAGCUACUUGUGAAAAGUUGUGUGGCGUUCUGUAAGCCAUUUUGUUCUUUAUCUUAUCAAAGACAGUGUUAUUUUUUUAAGAAAUGAAUUACGUUUAAAAUUAGAAUAUGGUUAAUGUUAAAUAAUAGGCCUUUGUCUAGGGAGGUGAAGGGAGUAGUAAUUUGAGUAGAUAACAGGUGUGCACGAGAGUCGUGUUUGUCUCGUAGGAGUCGGUGGUCGCUGGGCUUUGUCUCGGUAGCUGAGGUUGGAGCUAGGUGCUUUUGAGGUCUCACUACACGUUGAGGAGGCAGCUUUCCAUUCGGCCUCCUGCAGGGCUUGCAGCUGCUGGAUUUUCGUGGUUAUGUCGUGAGUUCAGCGCACCCUUGAUAUUCGGGAGAGUGGUAGCUAAAAAAUAUUCUGGGUAUAGGUUCUCCAUUUACAGAUGUUUUCAGUCAAAUUAGAUGUUUAAAGCAAACUUGUCAUGGUCUUCUCACAGUCUGUUGACACUGGCUUAUAAUAACUGGUUUUUACUUGCAGUGCUGAAAGUCUUUGCAGGGCUUUCACAAUUUUCAAAAUUCUCUUUAUCACUGUGAUCUUAUUGUGAGGGAGGAAAAUUGUCAUAGCUGUGAAGCAAGACACUGACUUUCUAGUGCUAUCGAUUUCCCAAUGAAAGGGUCAGAAUAACCCUUACAGUAUUUUGGUCAGUAAGAGAUAGUGGCCGUUUAUGCUGACUGAGCUGCAUUCUGAUAAUGUCUUAUCUCUUUUACAUAGAAUAAAUUAAAAGACUAUUUGGUCUUAAAGCCAAAGUAAUUUUAGAAUGAAUGACAUAUUACAUAGGAAUUUAGUGUCAAUUUCAUGUUUUAAAAACAUCAUGGGGAAAAUGUGCUUAGAGGUUCAUAUUUUGACUCCAAAUUUGAGUUUUUUCUAUAGUUACCGUGAUUUCAUCAAAGCAAAUGAAUGAGUUUGAGAGGUUUGUUUUUAUAAUUGUGUUAUAUUUCCUGUUUAAUCUCUAGCUCUAUGAUCAGGUACUUCUUUUUUUUGGCCAUUUCUAAGCCUACUAGAUCUGCUUUAUGAAAUCCAGGGGACCAAUGCAUUUUGUCGCUAAAACUAUUUUUAUAUAAUUUUUAAGAACAUACCAAAAGUUCUUGUCUGGUUUAAAGUUGUGGCACAUGAUUUCUCACUUUCAUAUGAGUUAAUAAACUUUUGCUGAAGAUAUUCUUUAUUAAAUCAAAGAUUGAGUUACAAUUAUACUGUUCUUGCGUAAGUGGAUAAAAUGUACUUUUGAUGAGUCAGGGAAUUUUUUAAAAGUUGGAAUUUAGUUCUAAAUUGGAUUUACAUAUUACUGCAGCUAAUUCCUUUCUUGGCUAAUGAUGGUUUCAUAAACCCCAGUUGUCUAAAAUUGAAAGUGAAAGUAACUUAAAGAAUGAAAUAGAUCAUAAUUACUAUGGCCAUAACUGCAGAUAAAUUUGACUAGAGUAUUAAUUUUGUCAUUUAGAAAGACAAGCCUUUGUUUAUACUGCCUAUCUUCAGAUGCUCACCUUCCAAAAUUCAACUUGGCUAAAACACACCUUCAGGCAAAUUACCUGUCCACAUCUGUUUUGUCAGUAUCCCUGAGGAAUAGGGGUGGGGAGGUAUGACUCAGUGGGGCGCAGACAUCCUUGUCCUUCUUUGAUAACUUAAGCUGUUUCUCCCAACCUGCCUUCCUGCUGGUCCCUAACUCAGAGACCACUGUCUUACCACCACCCUCCCCCUCGCCCCCCAGUAGCAUUUUGACUGAAUAGCUGCUUUUAUCUAGAGUGAGUGGUUGAUGGAAGUUAUGACGUACUUCCGUUUCCUUGAGUCAUUGGAUGUUGCUGGGAGGGGUCUCCAAGUUUGGAGAUUGGGUGGGUGAUGGCCCUGCUGGCUGCCCUGCUUUGACUUGGGCCAUGGCCAAGGAGUGGGAUGGCAGCAAGGUGGCACCUAUGGCAGUGGGAGUUGUGCCAGAAGCAGUGGCCAGUUGUAUCCUCCACAGGACAGAGUAAGGCCCAAAGAGCUGAGCCUGUAAUUCUGCUGUAAUGAUAGUGCUCAAGAAGUGCCUUGAGUCAUGUACAGUGCCAUGGCCAUGAAGAAUUCGAAAUUUCAGUUGGUAUUACAAAAUUGAAGGGGUCACUUGGCCAUUUUGCAGUUCUUGCAGGAGUUACCUUUUGGUUUUCUCUACAUCUGAGAACUAUCACAUAGAAUAUUUUUUAAAACCAGAUGGCAAAGUGCUAAUUAAAAUACACAACAAAAUCAGUAUCCCAUUAGACGUGUCAUAUCAAGAGUUUAUUUUUGUCCUUGCACUGAAAGAGUGAUUGUAAGUCAGCUGUUUCUUUUGUUUCUUGACGUGGCAGUGUUCUGGCUCCAAAUGGUGGAGAUUCCAAAUAAUGGUUCUGUUACAGCUUGGCGGAAAAUGCCAAUUCCGAUAUUUUUGAGAUCCUAAAGAAUAGCUCUGGACAUAUACUGCAGCUUCUUGUGUCUGUUUUGGAAUGCUGGAAUAUCCAUGGGCCCUCUCUCUGGGAAUGCUGGACUUCUAGGACAUUCUGAGGAUUGUCAUUUAAACUUUUUAAUCCCAUUAUGCAAUCUUAUUUGUAAUUGUAAACUUUUAAAAAUGUGGUUAAUAACAUUCAACCUGUUUCUUAAAGCUUAAAAAGAACUUCAGUGAAUUUGUUUUUAUUUUUUAACAAGAUUUGUGAAUUGAAUUAUCAUGAACUGUGUUUUGAUAACCCUUUUUCACGUUGUGCCAAUGGAAUGAGGUUUUUGAUAUUUCUUUAUAUGUCAAGGAGAUGCUUCAAAAUGUCAAUUGCUUUAAACUUAAAUUACCUCUCAAGAGACCAAGGUACAUUUACCUCAUUGUAUAUAUAAUGUUUAGUAUUUGUCAGAGCAUUCUCCAGGUUUGCAGUUUUAUUUCUAUAAAGUAUGAGUAUUAUGUUGCUAAAUUACUCAAAUGGUACUGUAUUGUUUAUAUUUGUACCCCAGAUAACAUCAUCUGUACUUUCUGUUUUCUGUAUUGUAUUUGUGCAGAAUUCUUUUGGCUUUAUCAGUGUAAUCUCUGUCCUUUCAGAUGUGUACAGAAAAUGUCCAUAUAAAUUUUCAUUUAAGUUGAAUGAUUUUGAGAAACCUCUAAAGAGGAGAGAAAAACAAAAACUACAGUUCCCCAUAAGUCUUUUAAAGUUGUAUAUUGUAUUUGUAGUAAAUUCCGAAUGAACUGUAAAUAGGAAGUAGGAGAGUGAUGCUAAUGUCAAGUCCUAACACUACAGUAGAAAAAUGGAAGCAAUGCAAAUAAAUGACUUUUUUCCCAA